AUGUCGCCAGACAAUUGUUCAGAUUGGCUGUACGGCUUUCAAACUGGAACUGAUUGGUUCCUAGCGUGUGGGGGUGCCUUGCAGCGAGCCACUGCUGAUUUUCGCAAUCCCCAUUCCCAGUUUCCUUCUACAGUCUUGCUGAUUGGUAAGUGUGAGAAAGACGCCGCGUGCCGGGCGUUGCUACAAGGGCGCACUUACUCAAGGUCACGCGGUAUUGCACAAUUACAGGCAGACAACUCGACAGCCAACGACGAAUACCCGCUACUAGUUGCGAGUCUAGAUAUACAUAAAGCUUGCAGCAAACAGAAGCCACUGCAAAAGCAUAAUGGAAAUUUGCUCCAUAAGGUCAGGUGGCUGUCAGAGCAUUUGUCCGAGACUACCACAGAAACCGUUGUGGAAAUCAUAGUCGGCAAGUUGUUGCUAUUGUUCAUCGAUGUUGUAUGUCUUUUCCUUGACGAUUUCUCCACCCCCGAGGAAGGGAUCCAUUUCCUACAAAGAUGUGGACAUCAUAGUAGCACAUCGAAAGACUGGAAGCCACAGGUCAUCCUUGUGAGUAACCGCACAUAUAGGCGGAGGGGAAAUCUUAGCCUGCCCAUGUUUAGUGAUAUCCAACGCGUAUCACUACCGAAGGAAAGCCGCAAAUCCCUGUCCUCCUCGAGGUUCUUCGCUUUAAAAAAGGUCAUCAAUUCUAGUAUAAAAAUGGUAAGAAAAAGCAGGGAUACCUCCAAGACGCUUUACUCAGCCAAUCAUCUUAAUGCCUUCUUCGAGCUGGCAUUAAGACACGUUGCGACAUGCGCCUCCACACCAUUCAACUUUAUUAUCGCUUCACGUCAACGCAAUCAAAUAGAAAAGAAUUUCAGGACCAAUCUACGGAUCUUUUUGGCACUAUGCACCACUAAUCACGUAAACAAAGAGGCUGCCUUAAAGUACAUUGCCUCUGCCCUUAUGCUAGACAGUCUUCCCCCAGGUAUGCAUCGCGGCCUUAUCGUACUCAUGUUUCUCUUGCGCCGGAGCUUGAACGAGUGCAUCGACAUCUUCAAGCAGCUGUCGAGACGUGUCUUCACUCCUCGCCCAUUACUUGGAAAUUCCUUUUUCACGAAUAUAUAUCGAUUUCUGUACUCACUACUUACAGACAGCUUCUACGGAGCUGCCAGCAUGGAAGCAUGCGUGAAAGAAGCAUUCGGAUCAGACACUACGCUUUUUAGCGCUACUACAUCGAACACAGGUAUAUCGGGUCUAAAAGUAGCAGUAACUACAAUGACUGUAUCCCGUUCAAGACUCUGUAUCCUCUCUAAUUAUAAUGGAUCUGGAGUAAGAAAAGGUUAUGUAUCCCUCUUCGUUGCUUUCAAACUUAUUCCAUCCAGAGCUAGGGCUACAUCAGCUGCCCCGUCCUACUUUCCAGCAAAGUUUAUCCAAGGUGUUGGAUUUCUACAGGAUGGGGGUGCGGGAAAGCAUAACAAUCCUAUUGGUCCUGCUGAGUGGGAGUCGAAAGCCAUUUGGAACAAUAAACCUGAUCUAGCUGUGUCAAUAGGUACAGGGUUCGCUAGGGAUUCAGAGGUACCGGAGACAGUUUCUAGAAGAUUGGGCUUUCAUGACCGUUUCUUCUCACGCCUGUUCCGCCUUUUCAACGCCAUGUUGAAUGCCCAAGACAGCUGGGAGGACCACCUGAAUCGAGUUCCUUUCGAGGAACGGCACAGAUACUUCCGUGUUAACAUAGCACUUAGCACAGAGCCAGAGCUGGAUGAUGUUAGCAAGAUGACUAAUCUUGAAGACUUAACUGCAACUUUUCUUCAUAGUUACGAUUUUUCUAGCAUCGCGCAGGCGCUUUUUGCUGCUGCUUUCUUCUUCGAACUCUACCAGAAGCCUGCUACAAAUAGAACAUUGCUAGUGUGCUAUGGUUCUAUUCGCUGCCGUAGUCCGGACACGCGUGCACUGAUUGAAAGAAUCCUUCAAGAAUACCCGGAUGCCUCCUUCACCAUGGAAGAUGGUACCAGCUUGGGCCGUAUUGGGGACUCCAGCCUUUGUACUGAAUGUGGCCAUUAUAGGAAGGACGUCAAGUUUAAAGUUUACCAUGCCGACCAGAUGAAAUCUAUCUACUUGCAGUUUAAUCAAUCAUAUCAAACAAGAAUCAGCGGUUUUCCGCAGUCGAUGUCGCAUUUUGCACGGCUCCAGCAGCUGGACGCUGAGUUUGGGAGAUCAGAUCAUCAAAUCGCGGACUAUAUAGACAAUGUUUGGAUCUAA